AUGUCUACAUCUACUUCAUCUCAGCAACAACCACAGGACAUUAUAACUCAAGUUUCACCACAUCAACAAGAUUCAUUUAAUACUACUACAACCACACACACAACUGGUACUGAUGAUCAAUCCGAUGUUGGUGGUGGUGGUGAUUAUAAUUCUAUUAUUCAUUUAAAUAUUCGAGGUAAAGAAUUUACUAUUACUCGAGAUGAUUUAAUGAGUUUACCUGAAAGUAUAUUAUUAUGUUUAUUUCCCAAUGGAGUAUUUCUUGAUGUUAAUGGUAAUGUAAUAAAUAAUUUAACUGAAGACGAUAUUGUUUAUGUUAAUUUUGAUCCUCAAACAUUUCAAUAUAUUAUUAAUACUUUUUAUCAAGCUCAACAAGAUUUAAUUCAAAUGUCAACCAAUACGACAAAUUUAACUCCAGUGACUAGUCAUAAUAAUGGUAGACAUAAUAAUAAUAAUAACAAUAGUAGUCGUCAUAAUCGACAAGAAAAUAUAUUGGAAACUAAACCAGCAAUUAUUGUUUUACGAGAAGAUUUAGAUUUUUAUGUUAUACCUCCAUUUGAAAGAUUAAAUAGUGAACAAAUGAAACAAUUGAAAUUAGGUGUUAGUAUACAAUUGUUAAAGAAUAAAUUGAUUUUUUCUGGUUUAGGAUAUAAAUUUGAAGAUGAUGAAGAUGAAAAUGAAGAUGAAGAUGGAAAUACCCAUGAUGAUAAAUCAAGUAAAGGAUUAGGACCUGCAGAACAACAUUUAUUUGAUAUGUUAUGUUCUUCUGGAUUUGAAGUGAAAGAUAAAUGGGGAUGUCGAUCAUUAGAACCAAAUAAAUGUGUUGUAUCUUCAUUACUGUUGGUAAGAUUGAAAACUAAUCCACCACCAGGUGAAACCCCACCAGAUUCUCCAUCAUUAGAUCCCGUCACAUCACAAUCAAGCACUACUACUGGUGGUGGUGGUGGUGGUAAUGGUCGUUCAAGAUCAAGAUCAAGAAUUGCUCAAUUGGCAAGUAGUGCAUCAAGAGCAGCUCUGAGAUCAUUAUCAUCAAAAAGAAAUAAACCCGAUAAUAGUACUCAAACGAAAUUAUUAUUAUUUUGGAGGAAACCAGCAAGAAAAUGUUGGUGGUCUCAUGAUUGGGUUACUAUAGAAAUUGAUGCCCCAGAAUUAUUCAAAUCAAUGAAAAAUGUAAAUUCAAAUAGAAGUGAUAGUAACGGUAAGGAUAAUGAUAAUAAAAUGUCAGUUAAAGUUCAUAUAAGAAGAGUUUGGACUUUAGAAUUAUCAAUUAUUGGAGUUCAAUAA